UGAACGCGACAGACAUCCUAUUUCACCACUCUUACACUAGACAGAAUCACAUUCUGAAGCGCUCAUUUACGAUCAGACUUUUCCUCAAGGACGUGACCACUUGAUGAGACAAAGCGACGAGAGACAUGGCGGGUAUUGAUGACCACAGGAGACCUAUUGCCAUUCACAUACAUAGCAAUGCCACCCAUAUUAACGCGGCAGGGAUUGUCUACGGGGGUGUUGGCAACGUGCUCGAACAGAAGAUUAGAAAAGAAGUUGCUGCCAGAUUAGGGAGUUCACAAGCUAUUGAAAAUGAAACGAGUGGUGCAGUUAGGAGUUCACAAGCUAUUGAAAAUGAAACGAGUAAUGCAGUAAGGAGUUCACAAGCUAUUGAAAAUGAAACGAGUGAUGCAGUAAGGAGUUCACAAGCUAUUGAAAAUGAAACGAGUAAUGCAGUAAGGAGUUCACAAGCUAUUGAAAAUGAAACGAGUGGUGCAGUAAGGAGUUCACAAGCUAUUGAAAAUGAAACGAGUGAUGCAGUAAGGAGUUCACAAGCUAUUGAAAAUGAAACGAGUGAUGCAGUUAGGAGUUCACAAGCUAUUGAAAAUGAAACGAGUGAUGCAGUUAGGAGUUCACAAGCUAUUGAAAAUGAAACGAGUGAUGCAGUAAGGAGUUCACUUGGUAUUGAAAGUAGUGCCCAAGGUAUAAGAAAAAAAGCUACUGCUACAGUAAGAUGUUUACACGGUCCUGAAACAACAUCUUCUGGAGCAGAAAGUGGACAAACUAAUCGAACAGAAACUACUGCUACGUUAGGUAGAGUAGACGAUAUUGGGCGCGGACCUCCUGCAAGAGUAGAGAGGGGACCUGUCAUUGGGACUGGGACUGCGAGUGGAGUAGGAAGCAGACCUGGUACCGGACGUGCACAAGCUGGUGGAGGAGGGAGUGGACAGCAUACAAUCAUUGCUGAAGGAUGUGGGCAGUAUAAUAGGCAUGAAACCACAGUAUAUAAGCAAGUGUCAAAUGAUCAGAGGACAGAAGCGAAUGGGGAAGCAUCAGAAAGUAUCCACACAACACUGGGCGCUGGUCAGCACGGUAAAGAUUGGGAGGCACCUGCACCUCACCUGGAAACACCAGAAAGUAUCCAACCCAGAAGAGCAAUGACAAAAUCUUCAUCCGACAAACGUCAAACAGACAUUGAUUUCCAUGCUGCGUGCAAGGCGGGAGAUGUAGGCCGUGUGGCUCGUUUGUUGUCCGGUGAUCAGGGAAAUCUCAACGGGAAAGACGGUAAUGGGAGAACAGGUCUGAUGAUGGCUGCGUACCAAGGCCACAGAGAUGUUGUGGAGUUUCUUGUCAGCAAAGGAGCAGAUUUGACUUUAGUGGAGAAAGGUGGUGACACCAUUCUUCACGCAGCUUGUCGUGGAGGCGAUAUAAAUAUAGUCAAGUGUGUCCUCUCUAAGGACGACGUUGACGUCAACUGUACAGAUAAGUCGGGGAUGACACCAUCAAUGUCUGCAGCACGCUGGGGGUAUACGGAGGUCGUGAAGUUGCUUUUCCGUAGGGGGUCUAAUCUACAGAUGGUGGAUGAUGAGGGUGACACCGUUCUGCAUUAUGCCUGUCGAGGAGGACACGAUGACAUUGCUGAAUACGUCCUCCACUGCAACACUGCGCUCAUCAACGUCAAGAAUAGGAGUGGCAAAACAGCAGCGAGAGUAGCCAAAGAUGAAGAACAUUAUUUGGUGUAUGAACGUCUUAAGUCAGUGCACUCAGGAUGCUACCUUAUGUGAGUGUGGACUGACAGUGACACGAGGACUCGGACGUUUGAUUACAUAUGAAACAUUUAGAACGUAUACAGUGGAUUUGUGUCUCCUCGCCAUCAUCCUCGACGUUCCAGUGAACUGCACACGUAUCUCUAUUCUGGUUGGAUAUAUAUCCUGAACACAUUCCUACGUAGCCUCGUCACAGUCUCCGUAACUCCUAUAGUACAGACUUCCUCUCGUUCGCCGGAGUAAUUUAAUUAGGCAGCAAUUUGUAGCAUUAUGCUAUUUGAAACGGGCUAAGAAAGAAAAUGAUGGUAGCGAAUGUUACCCGUUUACUCAUUUAGACAUUUAGACAUUUAGACAUCAGACCAGUGAAGAUCCGGGGUAGAAUAGGUCUUCAGUAACCCAUUCG